GUUUUAGAAUUUAUCUUCCGUAUCUUGCUACAGAAUGUUCUAAAAUUGUCACCUGUUUCGCCUAUUUCAUGAUGUCGGGUGAGGAGCCUGUUACUGUUGAUGAAAUAGAAGAUACCCCAAAUGGUACAACAAGAACAUUCAGCAACCACCAGCCAAUUUCAUGGAGGAACAAUCCUCACAGGUCCUUGACUGUGGAAAUAGUCAUUUUCCUUUAUCUGACUGGUAUAAUUUUGGAAAUCCCAGUUAUACAACAGUAUUUAUAUGACAGAGCCAGGGAAGACCUGAAAGCACCUGGGGAAGAUGACAAAGACACUAUCUGUAAUCCUCGUUACGAUAAUAGUUCUGAACACAGCAUUGAUGAUAAAGUACACAAAAAAGCCUCUCAGUACAUCUUAUAUGUGAGCAUGGCACUGACGCUCCCUGCUAUCUUUACGGCUUGUUUCCUUGGUUCAUGGUCAGACAAAAGGGGAAGAAAGGGACCCAUGAUAACAGCAUCUAUUGGAAGUGCUUUGGAUGCCUUGAUUAUUCUGGCAGCUAUUCACUGGAAACUUCCAAUCUAUGUCUUUAUGAUAGCAAGUGCAUUGGCUGGUCUGGGUGGCUAUUAUCCUACUAUGGUUCUUGCACUGCUCGCUUAUGUUGCAGACACAUCCCCACCAGAUUCCAGAGCAUUAAGGCUUGGCAUUCUCGAAGCUAUUGCUUUUAUUUGUGGAACAGUAGUAUACUUUAGCAGUGGAGUAUGGAUCAAGAAAUAUGGCUAUGAGUCUGUAUAUCUGGUGAUGCUGGCAUUGCAUUUGCUGAAUCUUGUGUAUGUUGUAAUCUUUCUCCCUGAAUCAUUACCACCAGAACUUAAGAAGAACACAGCAGUCUUAUCAUGCAACAGCAUCAAAUCCAUUUUUACAGUUUACUUCAAAAAUAGAUUAGGACGCUGGGUACUUAUCACUCUCCUCAUUUGUGCAGUUCUUGUUUACUUAGCUGGAUUUGUUGUACAGACAUUGUUGGUUCUCUUUGGUAAGAGAACUCCUCUUUGCUGGGGGUCAUCGGUUAUUGGUUAUUUUCUUGGGACAACAUUGUUUUCUAAAGCUGUUGGAGCUGUGGUUGGUAUCAAACUUUGUUCAUGUUUAGGUGUCUCUAACUUUGGUGCUGUUCAAAUGGGAAUAAUUUUUCUCAUGGGAAGUCUAAUAAUGAUUGGAUUUUCCAGGACCACAUUGGAAAUGUUUUUAGCAACCAUUGUUGGUUUCUUUAGUGGAGUUCCACAACCGUGUAUCAGGGCUGAAAUGUCCAGGUUGGUCAACAAAGAAGAGCAAGGAGCUCUUUUUGCUAUUCUAGCAUCUCUAGAGAGUCUGUGUAAUUUUUGUAGUCAGCUGAUUUUUAAUCCACUUUACACAUGGACUGUAACUGAACUAAAAGGAAAAUAUGUGGCAGGAAUUACCUUCUUCAUCAAUGCUGGUCUCCUUCUCAUCCCAAUGGUCCUUAUUUUGGUCAUUCAGAGGAGUAAACCCUCAAAGCCAAAGGAAUUCCCUCCUCUUCUUGACGAUGAAAAUCCAGUAAAGUCAUACAGCAAACAGGAAAGGAUCUAACUUGAAAAACACAAGUCACAAGUCAUCUGGCCCCAGUUGUGGCCCCAGGGUGGACAACACUAUCCAUUGAUUAGGAUUAACAUCUAGCUGGUUGAUAAGCUCAGGCAAUAGGUUUUGAUAACACUAUCCACUGGAUAGCAUUAUCAGCCUUUUGAGCAUCAUGAACAACACAGACACCUCCACCCAAGAAAAGGAACAUCAACAAAUUUUCUAACCAUCUAUGCUGCAGCUUUAUUCUCAUCACAAUUAUCUGAGAAAUGAUUCCACCUCAUUUCUAAACACUUAACUACCAUCCUUAGCUAUCAUCUAGUUGAAACACUGCAGAUGUCUUUUGCCUGAAGAGCAGUUUUCAAUUGAGUAUUAAGAGUGAUCCUAGGUUGCAUUGGUUUUGCUUUAUUUUGCUCUGUGAUUGGUUUUGAAAACUUGUGCCACCAUCUGAACCAAUUAGAUGCAAAAGUAAAACCAAUUCCAACUUGGUCACCUGUGUUUUCACAUGCUUCAAGUAGGUAACCCUUUUGACUUUGAGUUCUCACUGAUGAUGUUAAAGUUUGCUCUGAUUGGUAGUUGUGUUUACUUUGGUUUUGGCUUUGACACUCGAUUGAAAACUGCUCUAUUGAAUUUUUAAUUUAUUUAAAUCUCACCAGGAAGACAUGCAUGGUGUAGUUUACUAUUUGCAAUUGUUACACGAUAGGCAACUGAACUGGCAGUUUUCAGAAACACGCAGUAUAAAUUGAACAUGUAAAAGGCAAAUUGUAUAUUACAAGGUAAACAGGUCUUUUAAUUUGGCUUUAAUGCCCACAAAUUUUGCAAAAUGUAGAAUAUGAUAUUAAAUGAAUGUUUUUAUACAAAUGUAAAGCACUGAAUGUAAAUAGUGAGAAGUUGAGUCAUUGCUGAUUACAAAUGGUGCAAUUUUUUUCUGGCACCAUUUAAUGGCAAAGUCAGAAAACCAAAACUCACAAAAUGCUAAGAGAAUGUUUGGUUUACAGUGAGGAGCAACAUUCAAUUUGGAGAUCAUAAUGCACAAGCAGACAACAAAGUGACAAAUUAGUAUCUUCAUGCCAUUGGUAUUUCCAAAUUCUAGAUGUUGAGAAUGAUUUCAGCCAAUGAUUUUCUCUAUUGUCAAAUCAGCAAUGUUCUAAUAAUAUUAAUAUUAUAUGCAGCAGAAUCAUCAAUUUAUUAGAGUACCUGCAUCUGGUGCCAGUAUUGAGGAUGCAAUAUUUAAUUUUCACAUUAAUUUUAUAAAACAAUAAUUCAAAAGUAGAAUAAAUAAAAUAGCAAAGCAGAAAAACAAAAAAAUAUAUGAUGGAUAGGAUUGUAUGAUUGUUUAUCAUAAAUCUUAUUUUAACACAACAAGUAGGCAAACAGACCCUCACUGUAAAAUAAGUUUUGAAGUGUGCAUUUCUCCUCCCACUUAACCAUUGAACAGUGGUUUCAUAUUUGUGACCAUAGUGGUCAAAAUGUUGUGGACUCAAGAGGAGCAGCUGAGUGAGUUGGCAACAAAUUUUGACCACUAUGAUGACAAAAUAAUAUCAGUGUCAAUAAGAGUACAGACCACACUUAACUACUGUCUAUUUGUUUUGAUCAAAGUAACUGGAAGUACAUCAAAAUUAAUACAAUGAUUCUUUCACAGUCAUUAAGGCAUUGCAUGACAUGUUGAUAUGAGCAACAGUGUCUGUUCUCUCAUCAACAGCAACAAAUUGGCCAAUCAGAUUGCAACAUUACUGCCAAUUGUGGUAAAAAGGAAGAUUUAAGAUGAGUUGGGGAGAGGUUUGCCAGGGGUGUGGGUCUGCCUAAUCAAUGUUAGGCCCCUAACCUCUUGCAAACCUCAGGGAAAGAAAUGCUUGUGAAGAAGUGACGAUAAUGUGGGUAUACUCACACACUAAGAUGGCAUUGGCUGAGUCAUUAUGGAGCAUUAUAUGUUUAAAUCAUUCAAUGAUCUACUACUUCAGAUGAUUUAGAUGCCUUUUGUAGAAUGGUUCUAUCUACAAUUUAAUUUCAUUACUAAAUUAGAGAUGCACUCAUCUGAGAGUCAUAAUCCAUUGUGCAAACCAUGACCAA